CACCAAUACAAAGUUCGCAGCAAUGCCGGACAAAAAGGUCAUUACUAAAUCGUCCACCGGGGAAAAGUCAGCUGAGCCGAUUUCGAAUUCACCAUAUCAGUUGGAUAAUGCACAGGUUUGUCCUCUGCCUAUCCAUCUUGAAUAAUGCCGGUGGGGAAGAAAUAAUAACAAUAAUAAUGAUAAAAUGACAGGUCCUAAAAGCUUGCAAAGCUCUCCUAAAAUACGUCAAGGAGAAGCAGGCCGAAUCCGCAAAAUCCAAGAAAGCCAACCUCCUCGAGGACCCGGAGAAUCCCACGCCGGAGACAAUAUGGCUGAAUCUGACCAUGAAGAAGUUGGUAACAGAUACCAAACGGCUCAAGCCCGCUCGGAUGUAACCUUCCCCUCUUCCCUCCUCCUCUGCAUAUCCAUACUGAACAAAGUAAUCAGCAUCCUCCCGCAUCCUCUCCGCGACCCCCAAACAACCACCAUCUGCCUAAUAGUCAAGGACCCGCAACGCACCUACAAAGACCUAAUUGCUGCCUCGCCCACCCUCUCCGCUGUCAUAAAAAAAGUAAUUGGUGUUUCCAAGCUCCGCGCGAAAUUCAAAUCCUUCGAGUCCCGCCGUCUACUAGCAGACUCAUACGACCUAUUCCUGGCCGACGACCGUGUAGUCUGCAUGCUCCCGGCCAUCGUAGGAAAGUCCUUCUACAGCCGCAGCACAAAGGUGCCAAUCCCACUAUCCGUCUCGCCAGUGGAGCGCUUGCAGCGCGAGGUGGAUAAUUGUCUGAAGGCUACCUACCUACAUUUGAACGCGGCAGCGAGUUCGAGUCUUAGGGUGGGGCUGAGCACUUUCACACCUGAGAUGGUCGGGGAGAAUGUCAGCGCGGUUGUGGAGAGGGUAGUUGAGGGCGGGAAGGGGGUAAGAAAGGUGGGUGUGCCUGGAGGAUGGAGGGGUCUUCGGAGUCUGCAUUUGAAGAGUCCCGAGAGUGCCGCCUUGCCGCUGUGGCUCGCGCAGGAAUUGUGCGAGGGUAGUGACGUGCUGAGGGAUGGGGAGAGGGAGGAGCUGGCUGCUAAAGAGGUGAUCAGGAAGGCAAAAUCCAAGGAGAAGAGGAAAAAGAAGAAGAUGGAGAAGAGGCAAGCGAGGAUCUCGGGGGAACAAGAGUAG